AUGCUAGCAGAAAGCGAGAUCAACACGUCCCCGGAGCUUGAAGACAGUCUCAAGGCCUCGUCGGACCAGGCAGCAUCCCUUCGACACCCUUUCACUGUACCCACGCAUCUUACCAUGCAGUACGGAGUUUGUAUCAGCCGGAGAGACGUCUGGGAUAUCUACUCUGCAAUCUCCUACACCCACAAUCAAGGCACAGAGUGGUUUGGCCGCACCAUCACAAGUGGGCGAAGGCAGACUGGUCUCGGGACUGCACAUCCUCUGUACACUAUCAAACAAGAAGAGAUCAAUAACAAUGCCGCCCUUCAGCCGCUCCCGAAGCCACUGCAUCCGAAUGUGACGGUGUUGCAUCAUGUGUUCUGCAAUAACGCGACAAUUUCUUUCGUGUACGAGGAAAUGGACAUGUCCCUGUCGCAGGUUUUGUCGCAUCCUCUCGAGCCUUCGAUCUCGUAUCCAGCACAGAAUCACCGAUUGAUUGGGGCGAUUUUCAAGCAGAUCCUGUGCGGUGUCGAGUACGUGCACCAACGACUUCACGUCGCGCACGGCGGCCUUUGUUUGUCUAAUGUCCUGAUGAACCGCAAUGGCAUUAUUAAGCUGGCGAAUGUUGGUCACUCUAUUCUUCGUCCGGCAACCGACUAUCAGAACGACUUUCAGAUGUUAUGUACAUUAUUCGAAGAGGUCGUCUCCUGGCUAGGAGAGGAUCCCCGCAACGCAUUAUAUGAGAGGAUCUGGGCGCUUUUGAGCGAGGGUUCUCUGACGCAAGUCCAGCAGGAUAGCAGAGCUUCGUACAAAACGCGCAGUACGCUUCUCUGGCGUCCGUUGCCAUUCUCACCGUUGGCCAAACUUGUAGCCAAAUAA